AUGGUUCCAUAUGACAUGUGUGUGACUAGUACUGGUGAUGUUUAUUUCACUGAUUUCAGUAACAAGUCCAUCCGUUGUCUGUCACUAUCAGGAUCUGUCUCUACAGUCAUCAGUACAGAUCCACUGGUACCAUUAGGAAUCUGUCAGUCAGUGGACAGUGAACUACUGGUGACCUUCAGAGACAAGGAAUCAGAUGAUUACAAAUUAGAGUCACACAGUAGACGUCUGAUGAGACACAUCACAGUGACAGGUGAUGUCAUCCAUAAGUAUGAGUACCAGGAGGACGGUCAGACCAGACUGUUUACAUUGCCAUACAGAGUCACACAGAACAAAAACAGUGAUAUCUGUGUUGUGAACCGCACAAUUGCCAAUGCAGGUGAACUAGUGAUAAUGUCACUCACUGGUCGCUUAAAGUUUAUCUACAGUGGACAGAAUCUUAAAAAGAAAUUUUGUCCAACUGCUGUAUUGUAUGAAUCCCUCUGUAACAUCCUUGUUACUGACUUGAACAACAACCAGAUCCAUCUACUGAGUUCUAACGGGGAGUUCCUGAAGUUCUUACUGACGCAGAAUGAAGAGAAUCAUCCAGUCAGAUUAUCACUAUACAAGUCUAUGCUGUGGGUAGGACACUGGGAAGGACUUGUCAAAGUUUUUAAAUAUAGACUGUAA